AUGCGACCUGCCCCCAGCCACCGGCUGCCCCUGCCUGCUCUCCUCCUCUGCCUCCUCCUGCAGCAGCCGAGCAGCAGCGAGGCAUGGAAGCAGCACGCCCCGCGCCUUCGUCUCGCCUACAAAGAUCUGCUGAAAUCCAACAGCUCUCGCCUGUUGCUGGCCUCAGGGGAUGGGCUGGAUUUCCAAGCCCUUUUGGUGGAUGAAGACAGGGCCUGGCUGAUGGUGGGAGCAAAAAACCACAUCUUCCUGCUCCACCUGGACCAUCCCAGCAGAGAGCCCGAGAAGAUUUUCUGGCCAGCCCCCAGGGAGCAGGUUGAGCAUUGCCAGCUGGCCGGGAAGAACGUGGAGACGGAGUGUGCCAACUUCAUCCGCCUCCUCCAACCCUUCAACAGGACCCACGUGUUCGCCUGCGGCACCGGCUCCUACCAACCCGUUUGCGCCUUCAUCCAGCUGGCAGCCAGGGGGAAGGGUCCCGGGGCUCCCCCCAUGAGGUUGGUGACCCACUCCUUGGAAUCGGGGCGAGGACGGUGCCCGUACAGCCCCCACGAACCCUUCACGGGGCUCCUCAUCGAUGGGGAGCUGUAUUCGGGCACCUCCAGCGACUUCAUGGGCAGCAGUGCUGCCUUCUUCCGCACCUGGGUCCGUGGGGCCGAGCAGAGCUACAUCCGGACAGAGCAGAACCAGGACCACUGGCUACACGAGCCCGCGUUCGUUGGCGCCUAUGCCAUCCCUGAUACCUACAACCCACACGAUGACAAGGUCUACGUCUUCUUCCGCGAGACGGCCAUGGAAGCUGGGCAGUGGGAGAGGCGGCACAUCCACGCCAGGGUGGCCCGGGUCUGCAAGAACGAUGUCGGAGGGAAGCGCAGCCUCAUCAACCGCUGGAGCACGUUCCCCAAGCCCCGCCUGGUGUGCUCCAUCCCCGGGCCCCAGGGCACCGAGACCCACUUCGACCAGCUCGAGGAUGUUUUUCUCCUGCGCACCAGGGACCCCCAGAACCCCCUCGUCUUCGGCCUCUUCACCGUCUCCAGUGGUGUCUUCAGUGGCUCUGCCGUCUGCGUCUACUCCAUGGCUGCCGUGAGAGCUGCCUUCAGCGGCCCCUUUGCACACAAGGAGGGAUUCGACUACCGUUGGGUAGAAUACAAGGGCCGUGUCCCCUAUCCCCGUCCCGGCACGUGCCCCAGUGAGACGUACGACCCCCUCCUGCAGUCCACCAAGGACUUCCCCGACGAGGUGAUCAGCUUCAUGCGCGCCCACCAGCUGAUGUGGGAGCCCGUGUACCCGCAGGGCCGCCAGCCCGUCCUGGUGAGGGCCCCUUACCGGCUGCGGCGGCUGCUGGUGCACCGGCUGGAGAUGGAGAGCCGGCACUAUGACGUGCUCUUCCUCGGCACAGAUGAUGGUAAAGUCCUGAAGGUGGGGCUGGCCGGCGGGGGGAGCCGUGGCACCGAGGUGAUCAGCCUGGAGGAGGUUGGCGUCACUAAGCAGGAGCUGUUUGUGAGCAGCACCCACGGGCUGCUCCAGCUCUCCCUGUACCGCUGCGAGCUCUACGGCAAAACCUGCACCGACUGCUGCCUGGCCAGGGACCCCUACUGCACCUGGGACGGCAGGACCUGCGCCCCACACAUGUUCACCGAGAAGAGGCGUGCCCGCUGCCAGGACGUGCUGAAGUCUGACCCGCUCAGCCAGUGCCAGGACACCGCAGAGGGGACCGCCGCCGUGGAGAAGCUGGUUUUUGGGGUGGAGAAGAACUCAACCUUCCUCGAGUGCCUGGCGCGCUCCCCGCAGACGACCGUCCGGUGGCUGGUGCGGCACGGCGAGGAGAUGGGCCUGAGCGAGGUGAGGAACAACGGCCACUUCUCAGUGCUGGAGCAAGGGCUGCUGAUCCGCCAGCUGUCGAGGGAGGACGCGGGCACCUACGAGUGCCAGGCGGUGGAGCGCUCCUUCUCCCGUCCCCUCACCCGGUACAGCCUCCGCGUCAUCAGGCAGGAGGCCAUGGAGGUGCCACCUUACAAACGGAGCAAGGGGGCCGAGCUGGGAGGGACCCACCAGAGCCCCCGGCCCCGGAUUGACCUCCACCCGGGCUACAAGGGCUUCCCGCGGGCCCUGGGGGCACCGGGCACCAGCCUGGAUGUCUACUGCAACGCCCUGCGGCACCAGGAAAGGCAGCGGCAGAAAGCCUGGCACCAGAAAUGGCAGCACCCGUCGCCGGACAGCAAGAGCGGCCGUGUGCGGAGGCACCCCCAGCCCCUGUGA